AUGGCAAAGGAAACACAAAACUCCCUGCCGUUCGAGAUACCUGUGGUCAGAGCCACAAAAGAAAAUCUGAGUGGAUAUGGACGAUUUGUUACAAAUUUUGAUGAGGAAAAGGUGGAAAUAAACCCUUGGCCAGUCACAGGUCCACGAAAAGCACGACCGGGAACGGAUAUAAUACCUGGUGUAGAUUGCAGCCAACUUACCUUCAAAUAUGAGGGCAACAAGUAUGUCUCAGUUAAGGACAUAGGCAGGCGAAUGGAAGUAGGAACAAUUUGUGAGGAAGAACAGAGCCCAGACAAUAAAUACGUGCUUGUGUCCGAAAUUACAUUCCAUCCGGACUGCGGUGAAGUUUUCUAUCCUAAAAAUGGCGACCCAUUUAUAGCAGUUCUUGCUCUACCAGGUGACGACUUAACUUUGGAAAAACUGAAAGGGUUUUAUUUUGAUGGCACAUCGGGCUUGCAAGCACUUCCAAAUGAAGCUAUAGCAGUUCUGCUAGAUGUGGGACCGUCCAUGAACCAGGCCCCACCAGGUGUAGCCACACCUCUGGAGACCGCCCUGGAGGCUAUCACCAUGAUACUUCAGAGGAAGAUGUUUGCCGAGUCCAAGGAUGAGGUGGCCUUGGUUCUUGUUGGGUCUGAGGAAACAGACAAUCCACUAGCGGACGAUGAAUCCUAUCAGCACAUCUCCAUCGCUAACCCUCUUGGUGUGGUGGACUUUGACUUUCUGCAGCUCGUGCAGAAUGAUGUUAAACCCACCACAACAAGUGGAGACUUCGUGGAUGGUAUAGUUGUGGCAAUGGAUCAUCUGAUAAAUGCCUUGCAGGGAAAAAAGGGUUUUGGCUUCAAGCGACUGAUCGUAAUGUCCGACCUUGGCGGUGAGUUUGGGGAUGACCAGGUGGACACCAUCAUAGCCAGUAUAAAAAACUCUGGCACAGAACUCAACAUCAUAGGCCCAGAUUUUGAUGAUGAUGAUGACGCUGGUCCCACCCCCGGCACAUCUGGUGAAGAGCGGAAGGAGAAGACACCCCAACAACGUGCUGGACACGCCCUUGUACGACACAUCCUGGAGGAGGUGGAUGGGGAGUGCUACUCAUUUAGUGAAGCCCUUCCAGCCCUGUCAUAUUUCCAGUCUCGCCAGGUGAGGCCCACCGCAUGGAAAUGUCCACUCGAAAUUGGACCAGAACUGAAGAUACCUAUUAAUGGAUAUGUUAAGGUGAAAGACUUCAAACUGAAACAGUCCUGGAAGGCAGUGUAUGCCAAGGAUCCGGAGAUGGAGGUAGGUAAGCUGAGAACGUACCACAAAAAUGACGAGGAAGAAACAGAAGUGGACAAAGAUGACAUGGUCGAAAAGCAUCGUUAUGGGACGGAAUCGGUGACAAUACCGGAAGAAGACAAAGGCAACAUGAAGUACAAGGCUGAGAAAUGUUUCAAGGUCCUUGGCUUCACAAAGAUGGAGAAUGUGAAGCGAUCAGAGAUGAUGGGAGAUGGCUGUAUGGCCGUUGUGGCGGAAAAGGGAGAUGAGGCUGCAGGUAUAGCAUUAUCAGCCCUUAUAAAUGCCUUGUAUGAGACGAACAUGUGUGCAAUUGUUCGCCGGGUGUACAACGCUAGUUCCAGUCCACGAGUUGGGUGUCUGGUGGCGCACAUAAAGGCUGAUUAUGAGUGUCUGUACUGGUUUGAGCUGCCUUUUAUGGAGGAUGUUCGACAGUUCACAUUUGGUUCCCUGCCAUUGAAAGAGGAAAACCCCACAAACAAGAAAUAUAAACCAACAGAGGACCAGUUGUCAGCGGUAGACAGUCUCAUCACCAGUAUGGAUCUCAGCACAGCAGCUCAGGAUGACGAAGAGGAGUCAACUGAAUUGUUGAAGCCUAAAUUGACCUUCAACCCCCACUUUCAGAGGUUGUACCAGUGUCUUCAACACAGGGCCCUAAAUCCAGACGAUGAGCUACCAGAGUUAUCUCCCAUGAUCGCAAACUACCUUAAACCCCCGGAGGAGGUCGUCGUGCGUUCCCAGAGUAACCUAGAAUCUCUACGGGCCAAAUUCAAACUGGAGGCAGUGAAGAGAAAAGAGGAGAAAACUGGCGAAAAUCUGUUCAAAGAGAAUGGUGAUGGAGAGCCAGCAGGAAAGAAAGUCAAAGUUGAUGGUGACCUUGAAGGAGGCAUGGAAACCAUCGCCAAGGCAACUGUAACUGAGGUUGGUUCUACAACUCCGGUAGAGGACUUUAUGGCCUUGAUCUCAAUGAAGGAUGAGGACAAGUUUGACGAAGCCUGUGGCCAGAUCCAGAAGAGAAUACAGCAGAUUGUGCUAGACUCAUUUGGGGACCAGUUUUAUGGGAAAGCCAUGGAGUGUGUGAAAUGUCUCCGUGAACAGUGUAUUAAGAAACAAGAGCCCAGCCAAUACAACACAUUUAUCAAGUCCUUUAAAGAAACACUCGUGUCAAAAGCCAGAAAAGAUUUCUUGGAUAAGAUGGUGGAUGGGAAGCAAAGUUUGAUAACAUCAGGAGAGUGUGAGGGUGGGGCUGCCCCAGCAGAUGUUGAAGAGUUCCAGGCAGGAGAGGCUACUCAGAAAGAUGAGGCAAAAGAGGAGGACACUGCAGAGGACCUGCUUGACGAACUGUAACCAAGCCCUCUUGGAAACAAGGCAGCUAUAUCGCCAUGGAAACCAGACACAAAAAGAACUAUAGUGUGUUCAUUAAAUAUGAUAAUGUCAACACAAAUCACAAUAGAUAUUCAGCAUUUGCCUUAUGGCAAUUUGGCAAUGUUUAUUGUAGUGCCCUGAUAGACUUUGUUUAUGAAAGUGCAUUAAAGUGCUUAUGGGAAAUACACUUGAAUCAAUGUGCUUAAAAUUUAGCAGGAUCUGAAGAUUGAAAUUGUAAUAUGUUGUGUUAUUCAAAUGGAAACACUUAACAGUUGAUAAAACCAACAUUAUUUUGUUGGAAAGUGUCUCAGUCUCAGCAUAAAACCAUGUCUCUAAUGUUUAUAUUGCACAAAUGUCUAUUUAUCACAAAGCCAUGGUAUAUGAUUUAAGACUGUCGUUUACAACAGAACAGAGUUCCAAAUGCAUUAUUUGUGGAUGGCUGUACAUUGAAGUUUUUCUUACUCUACUGCCAAACAUUUUUGUUGUUUUGACUUUUGUAGAAUACUUUUUGUUUUAAAGAAUAAAAUAAAGAUCUAAAAAUUAG